AUGGCCGACGCAGGCGCUGGGCCUUCGACUCUACCGUCUGGCUGGACGGAGCACAUCAGCCCCGCUGGCCGAGCAUACUACCACCACACCACGUCGGGCGUGAGCACCUACACGCGCCCCACGCACUCGCACCAACCCAAGCGCAAGCGAGAAAAGCCGACGAGCAAAACCCCCAUCCCCGGCACCGACGGCUGGUUCAAGGUGACCACGAACCGCCACAAUGCCUUCUUCUGGCACGAGACGAGCAAGAAGAGCGAGUGGAUGGCGCCCGGCCACAUCGCCGCGCACGUGCAGCAGCUCGAGGAUAGCCUGAGGCAGGAAGCCGAGCAACAGCGCAAGGUGGCGCAGCAGCAGGAGCGCGAGGGAAGAGAGAAGCUCAAGAGGGAGCGGAGGGAGAAGAAGAGAAAGGCCGAGCAGGGCGUGCCUAUCACCGAGUUCGGUGCGGCCGAAGCCAAGCGUGCGCGCCCCGACGAAGAGGAUGAUAGCGAGCACAGCGAUCUCGAUGAUACAGACGAGGAUGAGGUCGAGGCUCAAGAUGUGGAACCUGUCUCUGACACGGAGUCUGUGGCCGUAGAGGCCGGAGAGCAGGACGACGAGGAGCAAGACGACGAGGAAUGGCAGCGUCAGAUUGCAGAGCAGAUGGCGGCGGAAGCUGCAGCCUCGGCACAAGAGUCGAACACCGAUGCGUCGCCCACUCCGCCGCCAGCGCCGGAAGCGACAUUGUCGACCGAGGAGCAAAAGACGGCGUUCAUGGCGCUGCUCACGUCGCUCAACGGCACACCGCACGAGAUCAACCCCAUGGCGCCAUGGGACCUGGAGCUGCCGAAAUUCUCGCACCACGCAUCUUUCCUUGCGCUGGCCGCACGCGAGCGCGAGGAGGCCUUCAACGAGUGGUGCAAGCUGCGUCUGCGCGAAAAGCGUGCGGCCAGAUCCACCCAGCCGCCAGUCAAGGGAGAUGGCGGCAGCCGUGCCGAGGCCGAGUUCCGUGCGCUGCUGAGGGCCGAGGUGCGCUCGACACGCACCCGGUUCGCCGACUUUCGCGAGGCGUUUGUGCGCGAUCGGCGGUUCGGGGCUUUUGGACGCGGGGAUGGCGAGCGCGAGCGCGUCUUCAAGGCGUACCUCGUAGAGCUGGGCGAGGAGAAACGGCGAGCGGCCGAGCAAGCCGAAACGGCAUUCACAGCGCUGUUGGGCGAAAAGUUGCCCGGGAAUCUGCGGAACAAGGUGGCUGAAGCCAAGGCAGCAAGUGGAGCGGAAAGGGAGGCGGUGAUGGCGGUGUGGAUGCAGGCCAAACACACGCCCGGGCUGGUGGAGGAUAAGAGGUACGAUGCGGUGGGUAGCUCCACGCGCCGCUUCGAGCUGUUUGCCCAGUGGGCCAGGGGCGAACGUCGACCCCAAGCCCCGUCGCAAGCAAAGGAAUCGAGGGGAAAGGAGAGGGAUGGGAGGGACGGGAGGGAUGGGAGGGAUGGGAAAGAGGAGGCCAGGGUGAGGGCGAUGCGUGAACGAGAGGAAAAGGUGCGUAGGGAGCGUCAGAGGAUCGAACGCACAAAUCGGGCCGCACUCGCCUCGACGGAACGGUCAGAAUCGCGGCGGCAGUUCAGCCAGCUCUUGGUGGAUGCCGUCCACUCACCGCACGUCAGCUGGCGGUCGGCAGCUGCUAGGCUGGAGGCGGAUGCGCGGUUCGGUGCGCUGCCCGAGGGCGACAAGGAGUCGCUGUUCUCCGAGCACGUACGACGCCUUGCACAGACCGAGCGCGAAAAGCUGGCGCGCGUGUUUGAGCGGUAUGCGCCUGCGCUCGAUACGCACCGCGACGAUGUACUCGCGCAAACGAUGCACGACGACGCUCUCGCCCACCCGCCGCUAAGCGUCUACCGCCACGAACCCGAUAAGCUCGACGCGGCAUACGAAGAGUGGAAGCGCGCAAGGCAGGACAAGGCGAAAAGGGCGUUCGACGAGAUGCUGCGCGAGAGUGCGUUUGUCGAGUUCUGGGGCCGCAUGAAGAAGGUCUCUGCGGAAACUCGGCGCGAUCAGAAGCAAGGGGCAAAGAAGGAAGAGGAAGAGGAAGAGGAGGAGGAGGAGGAGGUGAUGCUGGUGGAUAUGGCGCGCACGGUGGAUUUGGACCAGAUCCAGGCGGUGCUGGGUAGGGAUGCGCGCUUUCGGGCGUUCAGACAUGUGCCUGAGCAGCGCGAGGCGUGGAUCCGACAACAUCUGCACAGCCUAGCCGCGCCGAGCAAGAGCGUUCAUCGCUAG